GCUCGUUCCUGUUCCAGGGGGAGCCGGACCCCGGGGGGGGCGACCCAGAGCACCCCCUCUCCGAGUACCCCUGGUUCCACGGCACCUUGUCCCGGCUGAAGGCUGCCCAGCUGGUCCUGGCUGGCGGCCCCAGCAGCCAUGGUGUCUUCCUGGUGCGACAGAGCGAGACCCGGCGUGGGGAGUACGUGCUGACCUUCAAUUUCCAGGGCAAGGCCAAGCACCUGCGCCUGUCGCUGAACGAGGAUGGGCAGUGCCGCGUGCAGCACCUCUGGUUCCAGACCAUCUUCGACAUGCUGGAGCACUUCCGAGUGCACCCCAUCCCGCUGGAGUCGGGCGGCUCCAGCGACGUCACCCUGGUUAGCUAUGUGGUGGCCUCGCAGCGGCUGCAUGGCAGGGACAGGGCGGGCAGCCGAGCCGCCGCCUGUGAGCCGACCCAGCGCAGCCCUGACUCGCCCGGCCUCGUCUCCAUCGGCGCGAAUGACUGUUUAGCCGAUCACCUCCCAUAGCCGGCCCCCCCUGCCCCCAUCCUGGCACGCGGCUCCGGAGGGGGGGCCCCUGCAGCCCCCUUGGCUCAUCCCCGAAGCCCCAGCCCCCGGCAACCCCUCCCUGCCGGAGGAGGAGGAGGAAGGGGGCACCACAGGGGACCCGGAGGACGGGGCCACGGGGCGGCUCCUGCAGCUCCAGGCUGAGGAGCCAGAGGGAGACACGGGGCAUGCCCGGGCCGUCAACAACCAGUACUCCUUCGUCUGAGCCACGUUGGGGGUGGGGCAGCCCCACUGAGCACCCCAGGGCCCUGCCUCAAGGGAGCCCCAGCCCCACUGUAUGCCCCCGGGCCCCGUGAGAGGGGGGCCAGCCCCCUUGAAUCAGCUUCCCAACCUCCCACCUUACAUGUGAUCAUUGAGCCUCUCCCCUCCCCACAAGAUUGGCCUCAGCGGUACAGAGCCCAUUGGGGCAGGAAGGUACGUCGCCCCCCCAUUGGCAGAGGGGCUGGGCACCGAAACACUACAGGGCAGGGCCUCUAGAGCACUACGGGGAGUAAGGGACUGGUCUUCUCCAGGCCAGGGGGGCCUGUCCCUUCCCCCCCCCCCCCCCGGCUCCGCACGCUGUCACUGAAUGUAUCGAGUCUCCGAAUGUAUUCUCAUGCAUCCCCCAGUGUGACCUCUGACCCCAGGGCGUUCAGCCCCCUUCUGGCCCUGUCCUCCCUCCUCCCAUCCCAAAGCAACAUAUUUAUACACCUCCCGGAGCCAGCCUAGGGCUACGGGCCAGGCCCUCACACCCCACGUUCGACUGGCCGCACCUUACGGACCCCCCCAGUAAAUUAAAGAGAAGAUACUAUAUAUGUCUGUCCCCUCGUAUGUCCCCCAACCUGUGCGCUGCCCCCAUCUGUUCUCUCCUCCCUGCCUAGUCUCACCCUGCACAGCAGUGCCCCUCGCCCUCCACGGCGCACCCUCCUCGCCCCCUUUCAAAAUUAUUUUUCUACUGUGGAGUAGUUAGACUAUCCUCCCCCGACCCAGCCUUGGACCCGACCCCACCCCAGCCCCCGACUCCGCCGUGUCUGGUUUUUAGUUGGCCGGGGUCCGUUUGUUGGUUUUUUGUUCAUUUUUUUGGUGUUUGUACGAACCUCGUUCACCUUUUAAAGAAAAAGAGGGAAAGAAAAGCUCGAAUGCA